UAUCUUUUUUACCCGCCUUACAAAUAGCUUGAAAUCUACUCUACAUUCCUCGUUAACUGGCUUUCUAAUGUUCGGUAUGAUGAAGCAGUAUGGCAAAUGCCUCCUGCUAUUACUGCUUAUUCCAAUGGUGCAAGCUCAAUCAGUGUCCAAUCCCUUCUUCUUGCACACAUUAUGGCAGUACACUGGAUCCGAUAUCUCUGUUGGUACCGCCAACCUAAGUACCUCUGAAGUAGCGUCCUCUCAACUCUUCCAGACCAUUGAUCCGUAUGAUGAUCAAUCGGUUAGUCAAAUCAAUGACAGAGUCCUUCUGAAAUUCGGUACAGCAUGCAACGCCACCACCAAUUUCACCACCGUUCAAACCCUCAAUAGUAACGUCAUUGGCACUGUCAGUAAUGUCUCGAUCAUUGCCUUGAUCGAGAGAAGUGCCGACUGUUAUUGGGCCGAGAAAAUAGCCACAGCCCAAUCUAUUUCUUCAACCAACCAUCUCCUGCUGAAAGCUAUACUCAUUUACGAUAACAUAACUUAUAUGAACACCAACCCAGUCGUCAGUGCCGCUGAAGGCACUACAAGUACGCCAAGUUAUCCUGCAUCUCUGCCGAAUGAUCAAAACAUCACUUUUAUGAAGGAUAACAACAUCGAUCUCACCAGCUAUAAUGGGCUUCCCACUUAUUUUAUAUCCAAUGCCUACGGCUCCAAUUUAUCAUCCCUUGCUGACUCUGCCAAUGCUCAGUCUUCAGGUAACAACAAGAUGGUAUGGCUCGUUCGUCCCGUACUAGCUACUGUUUGCUGGUCAAAUUGUCCAGAUGGCUUCACGUCCAUGAUCUCCUCGGCAAAAGGUUAUCUCAGUUAUGUCAUUGCUUUGGCUGCUCUAUUUUUAGUAGCUGCUGUUUUGCUUCGCUGGUAUCGCAUGCGCAGGUAUAAUGCACAAUUGAGCAGAGGUGACAUCGAACGAGGCAUCCCAAUGCAUAAUCGUCCUGUCAACAAGGUCCAUCCUCUUCCCGUUGAUAUUCUCAAUACCUAUCCUAUUGAGAAGUAUUCCCCAUCCCUCGUCAAAAACGGAAGUUGUGCCAUUUGUCUGGACGACUUUGUUGUCGACAAGAAUGAAAUUCGAGUACUUCCAUGUGGGCACGGUUUUUGUACCGGUUGUAUAGAUCCUUGGUUAACCGACAAAUCUCCUCUAUGUCCUAUUUGCAAGCACGACUGUCUUCCUCCUGAUCUUCGCAAGAAUGCAGACUUGGUUGAACAGAACAACGCUGUACAACUAGGCGCUGCCUCCCCUUUCAAUACACCCUCGGCAGCAGCAGCAGCUGCUUUAGCGUCGACUUCAACCCCGGCUGCUUCUGUUCACUCACCUAAUGUCCAAGACCAUACAGAAGAGCCGGCCACUGAAACCAUUAACCAUGAACAACACACUGAUUUGGAAGGUACUAGCGUUGAUCACCAAAACGUGGAUGUAGCCCACCUGACGCCGCCACCACAUACACCACAAGACACCGAUGGCACCGAUACAGAACGGCACGGCACCCAGUAGUCGAUUUCAUAUUUCUUAAAGCUUUCCGAUUUUGAAAGAGCCUAUCCGCUCGACAAGAUUUGUAAUUUAAAGACUGUAAUUGUAAUUCUUUUUUUACGUUUUUGAAAAAUCAUAUUUGUAUGCCUUCACCUUUCUCAGCUCAUGUAUUUUUAAAAAGAUGUAUAAUUUAAACCAAAUUAAAGCAAAGCCAGGCAACUCUUUGACAAAAACAGAAUCUUUUUCUGGAUCCUUUUUUUUCUUUUUUU